AUGGCGCCGGUGAGGCUAGGAGGAAGUUGGUACGCGGGGAGUUUGGGGCCGCGUGGCGAAGAGGGUUCUUCGGUCGAAUUCAAAAAGAAGAAUGUAAAACAGAAGAAGUGGCGGGCUAAUUACCCGAAGGCCUUUGUGGGGAGCAUACGCGAGGGACAAGGCUUUGCACUUCGAAGAAAGCUGAAAAUUCAGCAGAGUUACAAAAAAUUGGCGUGGAAAGAAAAAAAGGCUCAAACCUCACGGGAAUCCCAGUUCACAGAUCGAUACCCAGAUCAUCUGAAACAUCUCUAUUUAGCUGAAGAGGAAAGGCUCAGGAAGCAACUUAGAAAAGUUCACCAGAGUUUGCCAGAAGAACAAGUUGAGGAGCCUUUGCCAGAAGAACAAUGUAGUAUUGACCAGGCUUUGUCUGAAGAAAACCGUAGCACUGACCAGCCUCUGCCAGUAGAAAAAAGUAGCAAAACAGUGAGCUCUUUUGCUACUCGGAAUAAAAAUAAAAAGAAAACAUCCAAUCAGAAAGCACAAGAAGAAUAUGCACAGAUACAAGCCAAGCGUGCUGCUAAGAAACAAGAAUUUGAGAGGAGAAAACGAGAGCGAGAAGAAGCUCAAAGACUCUACAAGAAGAAGAAAAUGGAAGUGUUCAAAAUAUUAAGCAAAAAGACUAAAAAGGGCCAGCCAAAUUUGAAUUUACAAAUGGAGUAUCUUCUUCAAAAAAUACAAGAAAAAAAUUAAAUCAGACAUUUGUCCUUAAUCAGGGAUUAAAAUAUGUGCUGUCUGUUUAUUGAGUUCUUUUGUACAUAUAGUGUGUCUCCCAACAAUUAACUAAAUAUGUGAACAUAAACUAGAUUGCUAAGGUAUGAAAAAAACAACAAACCAAACCCACUGCUGGCGAGUUGAUUCCAACUCAGAGACCCUAUAGGAUAGAGUAGAACUGUCCCAUGGGGUUUCCAAGGCUGUAAAUCUUUGUGGAAGCAGAGUGUUACAUUUUUCUCCCAUGGAGCAGCCUGUGGUUUCGAACCACCGACCUUUGGGUUAGCAGCCGAGGUCUUUAACCACUUUGCCAAAAUGUCACAAAUAUUUUUUUGUAAAAGAAAAUUUGGGGUAUGUAUUCAACAUAGUAGGUUGUGUUUCUUAUUCAUUUGCCUCUGAAGGAAGGCUUGCCUGAAGAACUGAAAAAAUCUAUUUGGGAGAUAGGCUCAAACAUAUAUAAUGCUUUUAUACCAUAUGCGGUUUAUAUGAAAUAAAUGUAAAAAUAAAGGAUCAGAGCUUACCAUGAAGCAUUUUAAUGAAAUGUUUGAAUUUAGUAAUCAGCUAUUAUGGUUUUAAAAUUAGUUUCAGCGGUGGAGACAGAUACUCCCCUUGGACUUUUUACUAUUUUAAAUUAAGUACCUGUUACACAAAGAUGGACUUUCCAGAAACGUGAGAGCAGAGGUUUUAUUCAGGACACUUGAGUGCUGAAACUACUUUCUGCCCCCACCAUAUAAGGAUAUGUUUUUCAUAAAGUAGAAUUUGGCUUAAGAACUCAGAGAGUUUGAUAUUUAUAAACGCUUCCUUAAAUGGAGUCACACAGCUUGUUAGUGUAAAAUCUUUCAGAUGGUGAUGGGAACCCAGCAGUGUUACAUCAAGAAUUAAGCUUUCCAGAUUUUUGGGGACCCUAUACUUCUGAAAACGUUAUUACUGGAACAUGUUGCUCUAUAGGUACCCUUGUGAGGCAAGGAAAGCUACUGGGAUGCUGUUUCUCCCCUGCUGUUUGUUUGCUCCUUGGCAGUAACUGCAAGAUGAGAAAGGCUUGACAAUUUUUACAAACAAAAGGACUAUAAUAAGAAUCAUUUAUAAAUCAUGUUGCAUAAUAAAAUUUUAUAAGUGGUAAAAAAUACAGCUUAAAAUUGCAUUAAGGCUCUAGGGAGUCCUUGCACUCUGUAGAUUUAUUAUGCUUUUAAAAGUAUAAUGAGUCCACCCAGAGGCACCUUGGGAGAAAGGCUUGGCAACCUACUUCUGAAAAAUGAGCUACUCGAGUGCAACUGGGUAAUUCUAAGUAAACACUAGAGGGGAACCUAGAGAGAAUCAUAUAUUUCCAGGUCCAUACAAUGACAUUCAUUGUAAAAGACAAAAAUGCAAUAGGAUAUGCUGAGGAAAUACUGAAUUUGAUAAAGGAGAGCAAUUCUAUAUUGCAUGGGAAAACACAACACUUAGAGAUUUGUAAUUUAUUGCGUUUAAGAAUAAUUUGGGCCGCAUCGGUGAAGAGAGUACAUAAUGAAGGAGAGUAAAAUAUUUCAUUGAAUUGCUUUAUAAUUAUUUCAUGAGUAUAUUUCUUACACUUUAGCAGGGUAGGACAAAACGGGAAGAGUUCUAGUCAUUUUAAGGAGCAAGGGUAAAUAUUGGUAAAUUACUUUUUGCUGAACAGCUAUUACAUGGAAAGUUCAUGUUAAGGAGUCAUUAUUCGGGAAAAACCAAAUUCCUUCUCCAGGGAUCUUACAGGGGAGUAAAUGGAAAUAACCAAGUAAUGGCACAGGACAAAAAGUGAUUAGUGACAAUAAGGUACAAACUAAAGGUUUAGACUUCAACACACUGGAGAAUAACCCAGGGAGUGUAUUAAAAUGCACAUUCAAGGACACUACCCUCAGACAUUUAGAUAGCAUAGAUGGACUCCGUAAUGGACAUUUUUAACAAGCAACCCCAGUGAUUCCGUUGUGAUUGAUCCUCACCCAACUUUACAAAGCGUUGGACCAGGGGCUCAAAUGAGAGAUUUUAUCUGGUUGAAGAAAUCAGGGAGUUUCAUGAAUGAGAUGGCAUUUAAGAAGAGUCUUAAGGUUGAGGAGAGCAUUUGAGGUGAUAGCAUGAGGAAAGUUCCAAAGGAAAGAAAUCCUAGGAUAUAUUUAAAUGUCUAAAAAAUAAAUUAUAAAAAGAUACGUGUAUUAUUGUCUUAGCUGUUGAGGAAUAUCACUUCCUAUCCGUUGAUGUUUGCUUCCACAUGGAAAGGGCUCCACCAGCCUAGCACAUAUGACCUCCUGACCAUCUUACUGGAUCUGCCCAGUGGAGGUGGGGUAACAUUGAAACGGUAGGUUUGGAAGGAGAACCUGGGCAUUGGAUAAAACCAGUUGCCGUGGAGUCAUUCUAACUCAUGGCGACCCCAUGUGUGUUAGACUAGAACUGUGUUCCAUAGGGUUUUUAAUAGCUGGUUUUUCUGAAAUAGAUUGCCAGGCAUUUCUUCCAUGGGAUCUCUGGGUGGAGUUGAAGUCUCCAACCUUUUGGUUAGUAGCGGAACAUGUUAAGCAUUUGCAACACCUGUGCACUUCUGGGCAUUUCAUAGCCAGUCCUCUCUCUCCAGAGCUGGACUGCCUGCAGAGAGCAUGUGCUCUUGAUUGGUCUUCCCAUACUGUAAACUGUACAGGACAGACUUUAUUGAUAAAAGGUAGGUAGGGGAAGGAGGGAGGACAGGGAAGAGACCUGUAUUUGAGGGACUAUGACGUCUACAAUUUAUUUGAGUCUGUACCAAAAAAAAAAAAAAACCCGUUACCAUCAAGCAAUUCUGAUUUGUAGCAACCCUAUAGGACAGGGUAGAGUGGCUCCAUGGGGCUUCCAAGGAGCAGCUGGUGAAUUCGAACUGCUGGCCUUGUGGUUAGCAGCAGAGCUCUUAACCACCGUGCUACCAGGGCUCCUGUGUCUGUACAGGGAGGGAUAAAACAUAAGGCAUGAAAUUUGAGGGAGCACAAUAAACACGUGGAGAGACUUUGGAGUGGCUAGAGCCUGUAGUUGCAAGUGUCAGAUGUUAAUGUGUACACAGGGAUUUUGAUCUUGAUAGUUUGUAGAGGCUUCUACUGGGCCAUGGAUUUGGUUUUCAUAAAUGUGCUGCGGUUUUGGCAAGAGGUUUUAAGCCUUAAGGCGCAUGGGAUUUUGACCUAAAAUUUGUAGUAUCUUUGUCCAUGGGAAAAUUGUUAUUUUUACAGAGGUAGGGCUGUAAUACAGCUCCUUAAGCAAAGUUUUGCAGUCCUCAACAAAAGAGGGGAAGAAGGAGAGGAAGUGAAGGCAUACAGACUUCAGCAAUGACACAGAAUGUAGGGAUGGGCUCAUUCAAAUGUUGGCUUCCUGGGUGGCUUCAGCAGAUAUCAGACAAGUGAUGCCUUGUGAGCUAACCAGGCUGUGCUGGCAUCAACAGACACUGGCGGGGCAGGCAGCCUCAGCAUGCAGGCUGCUGUAGCUUGACCUUGAAUUACACUUAAUAUUCAUGUAUGAACGGUAGGGACCUCAUCAGAGGCUACAGAGCCGGUAGAAAACAACCUCAUCUGAGAUAAGGAUUUAAUAAUAGAAAAAAGAAUAUCCAUAAAUACGCUUGCUAGAUAUUAAUGACUCUAUAUUUGCUGCUUUUAAACGUCAAAGCAGGUGACUUGUAAGCAAUACAGAGUUAUAGAGAAGCUCAAGUUUUAAAUUGUUCAUGCCAGUCAUUGAAAUGCAGCAUGAAAAUGCCAAUUUUGAUUAUCUCUUCAGAGAUAUUAAAGUGUUUUUAGAUUUUGAAUAUAUUAUAUGUAAAGGUCCAGAACCUCAGACAAGAUGUGAUGAUUGGGACUGCUACCAUUAUAAAUUCUAUACUUUGCAAGACAGCGUCCAAAUGCAACCCUCAAGAGAGAAGAUAAAAUGUGCCAUGCUAAAGGCACGGUGCUUAAGUUCAACCUCCUGAUAAGUAUUCUUUCCCAGUUUAGUUUAAGCAUGAAGGUCAUAGACCCUGAACAAUUUGAUAUAAACUUACCGGCUUUCUGGUGAGGCUAAAGUCAUCUCCAGCUAUCCCCCUUUCUACAAAUUCAUGAGUUUUUGCUGUAUUCUUUACAAUAAGAAGUAUUGGGUUCUGGGAGCAUAGUUUUGUCCAUAGUUUUAAACUUAGUAGGUGCGAGGCCAGUGUUUUGGUAACCUUUUUAUUGCCGAGUGUUCUAUUGUAUUCAAUAGCUGAUUUUGGGGGAGUAGAUCACCAGGCCUUUCUUGCAAGGCAUCUCUGGAUGUAUUCAAACCUGCAACCUUCCGCUUAUCAGCCAAAGGCAUUAACACUCACACCACCACUAACUCUAUGCGUUACACAUCCUUGUUAUUUCCAGGCAACACUCAUUGUUUCUCUAUCAGCCAUUUUUCUACUCAUGAAGUAGUUUUAUUGUCUCUUUCAAUAUUUAACAUAGUUCAAAUCUUUCUCCUGCGACUUUAUUUCCUCUUCAAGAUAAAGGGGGAAACAUGACCAUAGUAAUAACUCGGGAGUCAAGCAAGGCCAGGUCUGAUAUUGCAGAUACCGUUUUAGUCAGUCCUAAUUUAAUAUAGUUUAUAGAGGGUUCUUAUUUUUAAAACGACAAAGGCAUCGCCUUUUGUUGUGUCCACUGAAAAAGCAGCCAUUGAAGCAGCUCCAUUACAUAAUAUUUGAUCUUCCCAGGUAGCCGAUUUAAUAGCUCUGACUGAACCCUGUACUGUAGCAAAAGAUAAAAAGAUAGUAGACAUGCUUUUAAAAUUGUUCGUAAUUUUGGAAUGUUAUGAAAAUGGAGAGGAUUUAUGACCUCUUUAGGUGUUUUGACUAACAGUAGGAAAGACUUCAAUGACUUAGUGGAAGCUAUUCCAAAAUCACAAGGGAUUAAUGGUUAUUAAAGUAGAAGCGCUUGGAGUGCUAUGUACCAGAUGAGCAGCUUUUCCUACCCCAGCUAUAUGUGAUUCUUAGGAAUUGAGAUCUAUUCCCGUGAACCUUCAGAAUGAUGGUUGUCUCAAUUUAAGCUGGCUUCGGUUGACUCACAGCGAUCAGUUCAAACUUCUAAAAGACAAUAUUGGCCAACUUAGAAAGCUCACUCCAUAAAUAUGUAUCCUGCUUAUUUUACGAUCGGGGCCCAAUACCAUCCAAUGUACCCAGGUCAAAUUACUCUGAGUCAGUGUGGAUUAUCCAAUAGGCAAGGUAAGCACAGUGCUUAUCUUGCUUACCAGAUCACCUGUAGUGAACAAUUUCACAUUUUUUCACUACAUCAAAGAUUCUGCUUCUAGGUAUGGCUGUUAUCUGUCUCGCCCAACCCCAUAGUGCCUUCCUACAGAAUCAAAACCUCUUUUCAAAUUUACAAACCCUGACAGGGACAGAUGACACAGUAAGCAAGAUAUGUACGGGUUUCUUGUGCUUACUUGCUAAUCUGUAGUGAACACUUUCACGUGAGUUUCACCGCAUAUUUGAUUUUAAAUGGCCAGGUUGUCUCACUCUGCAGCAUAUUUAUUGUGGUGAAAUUGUUCACUACUGAUAAUCUGGUAAGCAAGAUAAACAUCAUGCUUACUUGCCUAUUGAAUAACCCAGCCCCUACUAUGAUUGUUCACACUUUGGAAGUGAAAAACUAGCUUUCCUAUUAAAUAAAUAAUGGUGGGUAAUACGAAUAACCCGGAUAAAUCCUUAAAGAUGAAAUAUGGUUUCAGCCCUCUUCCUCAAGACCAUGUUGAGCAUUUACAAAUGGGUUUUAUACAACUGCUCAAAUUGUUAGCCUAUGCAUAUGCAUUAGUUGCUUCUGGCAAAAUCUCUAGGUGGAUAGAUUUUCCUAGCUGGAGGGCUAGCACUGUCACAGUUGUUAAAAUGCAGUUAGACUUCAUAUUUCCAGAUGGAGUAACUAGUUUCACUGGAACAGUCAGAGACAAAUUCUGAAAGAUUUUUCGUUUAACCCAGAAACUUCAUUGUCAACGUUGAACAAGUGACACUUUUUACCACCUCCUGGGGAGCAGUGCCAGCAGGUGAAGGAUAGCAAAGAGCAUAACAAUGCCUGUCACCAGGAGCAGCAGCCCUAGGGUGUAAACACACUCCAGGAAUUGCAGGUGUUGGGGUUGCCAAUAGAAACACAACUCACAUAAAGGCACUGGAUGGAACAAAGCUUCAUUCACAUGGAAAAACAACAGAGCAAGAUAGGCUUCCAUAGAGGACUUUGAUUUUAAAUGCCCUGGAUGUCUCUCUCUGCAGCUUAUUCGGGGCAAAGGUCUGCACGCCUCCGUCUUGUGCUGCAGGACAAGGAUCCUAUUCCCUCCCCACUGGAAGCAGCUACGGCAGUGGGGUUGGCCAGGUGCCAUAUAAUGCACAUGCUUAACUAAGUAGUUCCUGGGAGUGUUGACAUGUGGUCAAGGCAAAAGGGGAGGGAUGUGUCAACAGGCCACCAUCUUCUGUGGGUCAAGAUGCCCAGAAAGAGGUGAAAUCAGCCUAUACUCACAUCCCAUCUGUCUUAGUUAUCUACUGCUGCUAUAACAGAAAUGCCACAAAUAGAUGGCUUUAAGAAAUUUAUUCUCUCAUAGUUUAGGAGGCUAGAAGUCCAAAUUCA